AUGCUCAACACCAUCACUAGGAGACAUUUCUCCCUCCAAAAAACAAUCAUCACAGGAGGAUUCUCAAAUUUUCAUCACCAUCACCAACAACAACAAUUGCGAAAUUAUUCUCACUAUAAUCCCAUUCCGGACAUUACCUACAAAUCAGUAGAACCAGAGCAAGAUGUUGCGGGAUCUUCUUCAGGUAAUCAUCAUCAUCAUAAAUAUAUUGAUAGUAAGAAGGUUCCUCUGAUUGUGUUGCAUGGUUUAUUUGGGUCCUAUUUGAAUUUUUCUACAUUUGCUAGACAAUAUAGUCAGAAGCAUCAUACCAAGGUUUAUUUACUCAACUUGAGAAAUCACUCGGAAAAGCAAAAUCACUCAGCAGUGAUGAAUUUUGCAGUGAUGGCUUCUGAUUUGGCACAUUUUGUGAAUAAGCAUCAUAUUGAGGAGUUUGAUUUGUUUGGAUUUAGUUUGGGAGGAAAGACAUCAAUGGCAGCUUGUUUGGGGAAUGAUUUUAAGAAUCAUGUUGCUAAUAGAGUUAGAAAAUUGGUAGUGGGUGAUAUCAGCCCACUUCCUUUGCGUGAUAGUGAGUGGGAUAUUCCAACUGUUAUGAAUGGAUUAGUUUUACUGGAUAAACAAUUGGAUAGCAUGACUACAAGAUCGCAAGCUGAUGAAUUUUUAAAGAACCACGUACCUAGUCCAGAAGUUAGAAGUUUCCUCUUGAGUAAUUUGAAAAAGAAGGAUUCAUCGAGUAGUAGAAGUGGAAUUUAUGAUUGGAAAUUUAAUUUGAGUGCAUUAGCUUCUAAUUUACAUGAAAUUGCUGAUUUCCCAUACAAGACUGACAGCGUAAUUCAAGAACUAAAGCAACUAGGAAGAGAAAAUAUCACUCAAUUGCCUUGGACACCUUUUGAAAAGCCAACCCUUUUCAUGAAGGGAGAAUUGAGUCCACUCAUUAAUUCCAAGAGUGAGAGAACACUCAACACAAUGAAAACUUUCUUCCCGAAUUAUGAACUAUUCCAAUUCGAUGGAUGCACUCACUGGAUACAUGCUGAAAGAUAUCCUCUCUUCUUUUCCAAGAUGGAAGAAUUUUUGAAUGCUUCAAACAAAGAGUAA